AAUGUUAGAAUGAACAAGUGGAGAGAUGCAGAGUGGAGAUUCUCUUUCUCUUUUCUCAUUUUAUGUAAAAAGAAUUCAGAAGAAUCUUUGGUACAUCUACUACUUACCAUUCAUGCCUUUUCGCCGCCAAAACAGGCUACCUGCCUCAAUCACAACCGUCUGAUUCUGAUAUCUACCUUCUUAAUUUAGCUGGGUCCCUCUCACUAUGGACCCAGUCCAAUGCAAUUCCAAGUAAAGAGAAAGCGAACUAGCUUCUUUGCUUUCCACAACUCUCCCCUCCUUCCUACCAUCUAUUCAAUGGCCCCCUUUCCUUUGAAUCAACUUCGAGUCCAUCGAAAGCGAUUAGGAUUCUAUAUGGGUUUUCGAUUUUCUCCUUUUUCUCCUUCUUUGUGAUUUAGUUUUUCUCCAUCUUUGCAUUGAACUAUUGAAGAAUAGUCGUUUGACUCAUUUCUUGAAGAUUCCUGAUCUGGGUCUUUGCUACUCCCCUAGUUCACUUGUCUAGUAUCGUCUUUAUUGUUUUCGAGCCCGUGGGUAUUCUAAUUUUCCUUUUUUUUGUUUGUCUUGUUUUUGUUGAAGAACUUUGGGGUAUUUUCCUUGACUUGGUUUGCAAUUGGGGGUUGGACUCGUGUGUACUUGUUAAUUUUGAUAGUUGGCAGAUCUUAGGUUCAGGGAUGAAUUUGGUCACUACUAUUAUUGGGUUUGGGAUGAGUGCCACUUUUAUUGUUUUUGUUUGCACAAGAAUAAUAUGUGGGAGGCUUCGAGCUUCCGCAUCCAGGCAAAUGUUCGAGAUUGAAUCCAGGAAUAUUGACCUUGAACAGCCAGAACAUCGGAUUAGUGGCCUUGAACCGGUGCUUGUUUCUGCUAUUCCCACCUUGAAGUUUAGCCGUGAGGCGUUUAGUGCUGUGGAAGAUACGCAGUGCUCAAUAUGUUUAGGAGAAUACCAAGAGAAGGAAGUGUUGCGGAUCAUGCCCAAAUGUGGUCACAACUUUCAUCUGUCUUGCAUUGAUGUAUGGCUAAGAAAACAAUCUACAUGUCCAGUUUGUCGGUUUCCAGUACAAGAUUCUUUGGCAACAAAACGUAUGAGACAUGCAACAGUGAGUUUGGUCCGAUCUAUUGAUAGUCCUGAGACUUCAACUGAACACUCUCGUCAAUGGCUCCUCCCUGGUUCUGAGCAUUCAGAGGGGAAUGCUAGUCACCAAGAGAAUCUCAACACUGUUCACGGAAACCCAGAAUCUGCUCAAGGAGAACCCCAAACAAGGGACUGAUAAAGAAAAGAAACCAGUGUAAUUAAGAUAUAUUCAUUUUGAUUCCUGGAAGCUGUCAUACAUCUGCUUCAAGCCAACUUCGACAAUUUUGGGACAUUGAAUCUCCUUUUUGGGGUAAGUACAACUAGAGAUUUUGUGUAGAUCUGUAUAUAAAAUUCCUUGAAUCCCUCUGUAGUCUGUAGGACGGUGCUGAGAUUAAGUCCCAUUCAUUGUGACAGAACCAUAGUAAUCCUGAAAAGUUGUCACUGCAACAUCAUGAUAGAUUUUGAAUUGAAUUUCUCCAAGUAUUUAGUUGAGUUACUCAAAUUCUGAAUGUUGGAGCACAUCUAAACCUUUAAAAUGGUCAUGUGAGAUUAUUUUUCAGCCA